AAUCCAUGGUUAAACUUAAAACACUCAACCAAACAGCUCAACUCUCCAAUGGCGAAAUCGGCACCGGUUCUUCUGCUCUCCGUGGCACCCCCACCGUCGCUAUGCCGACCGUCUCCAUUUAUUUUAUCCACACGAUUUCGGCGAAGAAGAAUCCACGGACGCCGCGCUAGAAUUAGAGCGGUCAGGGAGUGGCAGGACUACGAAGAAGCGGUGAAGAAGAAGGACCUCGCAGGAGCGCUUCGCUUCCUCAAACUCAAAGACGAACUUCGCACCUCUUCAAUUGAGUCGACUGGUCAGCUGAAUGAUGAGUUACGCAUGUUCGCAGUUGAGCGGGAUUUUCAGGUGCUAAACACGUGCUUGAACGCCGAUGAUAUGCGGCUUGUCGGUAGCGCCUACGCCCUUCUCAAAGAUCGAGGGCUGUUGCCCAAUUUCGGGAAAUAUAGGAACAUCGUUUUAGGAGAAUCCAGAGAAGUUACACCAUCGCUAUUGAAGUCUUCUACUGGCUUAGAAGUGUCAAAGCUCUCUCCCAAAAAGUGGGGAGUUUCUGGAAGCUCUAGUGUUGUUUUAAUAGCUGUACUUGCUGGAACAUCUAUACUAAUAAAUCAAGGAAUAGACAUCAGACCGAACCUUGUAGCAAUUUUAGCGUUGUCGAUGCUAGAUGCUAUUCUUCUUGGUGGCGCAUGCUUAGCUCAGAUCUCUAGUUAUUGGCCUCCACAUAGGCGCCGUAUCUUAGUGCACGAAGCUGGUCAUCUUCUCGUGGCAUACCUAAUGGGCUGUCCAAUUCGUGGUGUUAUUUUAGACCCUAUUAGAGCAAUGCAAAUGGGCAUUCAAGGGCAGGCAGGAACACAGUUUUGGGAUGAAAAACUUCAAAAUGAGCUUGCUGAGGGCCGUCUUAGUGGGUCCGCCUUUGACAGGUACUGCAUGGUGCUUUUUGCUGGGAUUGCAGCAGAAGCUCUCAUAUAUGGAGAGGCUGAGGGUGGAGAAAAUGAUGAGAACCUCUUCAGGAGUAUCUGUGGGCUUCUAGAACCCCCACUCACCAUCACACAGAUGUCAAAUCAAGCCCGUUGGUCUGUGCUGCAAUCUUACAAUCUGCUCAAGUUGCAUAAACCUGCCCAUAGAGCAGCUUUCAUAGCUUUGGAAAGUGGAGGCGAACUGAGUCUAGUUAUAAGGAGAAUUGAAGAGGCCAUUGCCAUGUCUUCCAAUUAGAUGAAAUCCAUGCGAGUAUGAGUAGAGUUAAUGAUAUGAAAAUUUCUCUGGCUUGUGCUGUUGGCCUCUUGAAGUGAAACCUGGUGGAAGAAAAUGGAGUAAAAGCACAAUCUGUUUACGUCCCACUAAAACUAGAAUCGGUUCCAUACUUCCAUGUGCUCUUAGUCAUUCCGUAUUGACAUCACACACCAUGGCAGCGGAUGGAUUUAGUGUGGGAUCUUCAACAAGUCAACUGCUUGGGGGGCUUCGAGAGCUUACCUUCGGACUCCAAGCAUUUCACUGCUGAAGAUUCUUUCAGUUGGGAGAGGCGCAAUGCUGUAAAUAGGCAGAGUGAUGAAUACAGGGUAUUUCGGUUUAAGGUAAAAGAGAUCGGUGCAGCAAACAAUUGUUUGCUUUGCCUCAAUUUUUUAUGCUGUUUUUGCAAUAGGAGAAAGAUAGGCAUUUUUGGUAUGUUGGUCUCAAUGUCUACCACUGUUUGGUAUUUGGAAUCUGUUUCACAUGUCUUGAAUUAUUAAUUCUUUCUAGUUAUUGUUUAUUAGCACUAGUUUAUUGAACAAAUUAAAUUGUUGGUGAUAUUGCAUUCAGAAA